AGAGAAGGAAGGAGGCGCCGGCGCCGCGGCGGCCCGAGCCGCGGGGGGGGGGGGGGGGGGCACCAACAUGGCGGUUCCAUAUUAACUUUUCCCCCCUUCGGCAGUGGCUGCCACCGCCGGUCGCCCCUCUCUUGGGUAGCCGUCAUGCCGGGCAUGAUGGAGAAAGGAGCCGAGCUCCUGGUGGGCGCCAAGAGCAGGGCGGCCCCCAACGGCACCAAGAACGGCGGUGGCGGCAGCAGCCCCGGUUCCAACGGGAACUUUUUCGAGCCGGAAAGCGGCGGUGGCGGCGGCGGUGACAGCGGCGACGAGCACGAUGUAGGAAUGAGGGUCGGAGCAGACUAUCAAGCUCGCAUCCCUGACUUUGAUCCUGGAGCUACAAAAUACACAGAUAAAGACAAUGGAGGAAUGCUUGUGUGGUCUCCUUAUCAUAGUAUUUCUGAUGCCAAAUUGGAUGAAUACAUUGCUAUAGCAAAGGAAAAACAUGGAUACAAUGUGGAACAGGCACUUGGCAUGUUGUUCUGGCAUAAGCACAACAUUGAGAAAUCCCUUGCAGAUCUCCCGAAUUUUACUCCUUUUCCAGAUGAAUGGACGGUUGAAGAUAAAGUCCUUUUUGAACAAGCAUUCAGUUUCCAUGGAAAAAGCUUUCACAGAAUUCAACAAAUGCUUCCAGACAAGACUAUUGCAAGCCUUGUAAAAUAUUACUAUUCCUGGAAGAAAACACGUUCUAGAACAAGUUUAAUGGACCGCCAGGCUAGAAAACUAGCUAAUAGAAAUACUCAAGGCGAUAGCGAUGAUGAAGUUGAAGAACCUCACCCUAUGGAUGGAAAUGAUAGUGAUUAUGAUCCCAAAAAGGAAAGUAAAAAAGAGGGGAAUCAUGAGCAGCCUGUGCAGUCCAGCAAAAUAGGAUUAGGUAGAAGAGAAUAUCAAAGUUUGCAACAUCGUCAUCAUUCUCAGCGCUCUAAAUGCCGUCCUCCAAAAGGCAUGUACUUAACUCAAGAAGACGUGGUAGCAGUUUCAUGUAGCCCCAACGCCGCCAAUACACUUCUUAGGCAGCUGGAUAUGGAGUUGAUCUCACUGAAGCGACAGGUCCAGAAUGCUAAACAAGUAAACAGUGCACUUAAGCAGAAAAUUGAAGGUGGAAUAGAUGAAUUCAAACCUCCUGAGACAAAUCAAAAAAUAAAUGCCCGUUGGACAACAGAAGAACAACUUCUUGCAGUUCAAGGUGUCCGCAAAUAUGGUAAAGAUUUUCAAGCUAUUGCUGAUGUAAUUGGCAAUAAGACUGUUGGCCAAGUGAAGAAUUUCUUUGUAAACUACAGGCGUCGUUUUAACUUAGAGGAGGUAUUGCAGGAGUGGGAAGCAGAACAAGGAACCCUGGCUUCUAAUGGUGAUGCUUCUGCUUUAGGGGAGGACACAAAAAACACUAAUGUGUCGUCAGGAAAAAGUACGGAUGAAGAAGAUGAGGCCCAGAUCCCACAGACUCCUCAUUGUGUAGGGUCUUCUCCACCAGCCCAGGCAUCUACUCCAACACCAGUAACCCCUGUAACAACUUUGAACCAGCCUCCUCCACUGCUUCGUCCCACCCUUCCGGCUGCUCCAGCUCUUCAUCGUCAGCCUCCACCACUACAGCAACAAGCUCGAUUUAUUCAACCAAGGCCAACCCUAAACCAGCCCCCUCCACCACUCAUCCGUCCAGCUAAUUCCAUGCCUCCUCGCCUAAACCCAAGACCAGCACUGUCCUCCACUGGCGGGCCACAGCCACCUUCACUUAUUGGAAUCCAGACAGAAUCACAGUCCCCGCUGCAUUAAACAAAUAGAACAGAACUAUGGUAAUUAAAGUAGUAUCAGUGUUUAUUUUCCUCAGCUAAUGAAGAGGUGAAGGAAGGGAAAGCAAGCUUUCCACAGUGUUGAACUGUCACAAAGAAGAAGGUGGAAAUGGAUAUAUAAUAUGUGAACGAUCUUCUGAGUGAGAGAAACUUCAGUGCAGUAGAUUAUUACAAAGAAAACCAUGUCUACAAAGUCAGCAUUUUACAAAGCUAACUUCUUUUUAAAAAAGAAAAAGAAAAAAAAUUCACUGCACUAUGACUUCAACUGAUUUUUAGUCUAUUUAUUUUAUAAAAUCCUUUGUAUUCAACUUCAUGGAAGUAAACCAUCUGGAUAGUGUAAGAGUUUCAAUUUAAGAUUCAAACAGGGCUGUAAAUGUGAUAAACUGGGGAAAUUAUUUUUACAUUUUCCUAUGUUAGGAGCGCAAGUAUUAUUGAUAAGCCAUUCAGAUUUUGACAGAUACCACCACUUCUUACAUUUUUCUAGGCUUGUAUUUUCUAUAUUUCUUCAUAAAGUACUUUUCUUCAAUCUACUUGUUAGAAAAGUCUUGAAGAAUGCAAAGCUAAGGUACUAAAGAGGUUCAACUAUAUAUAUGGUCUUCUGAUACUGGAAACAUGACUUGCUAGUGCAAACUCUAUGAUAGACAGCAACUGAGCUACCAUUUGCAUCCAACACUAGUAGCCAAAUGGCUAACAAAGUCACAGUUGUCUUCUUUUUAAUAAACUUUGUAGUACUACUUCUUACCUAAAAUUUUAUUCUAUUAAGUUCUGGAAAUAAUUUAGCAAGGAGUGCUGAAUUCCAUACAUAUAGGGGCAUAGUGAAACAGUCAAAUAUUAAGAAUGUUUCCUGCUUCAUUUCUUGGGAUAUCUGUCUCUUUUUGCUGUUCCUUGCCAGUGCAUGUCCCCCCCUUUUUUUUUCUUGGUAUCAAAAAAGAUGCCAACUCAUGCUUAAUCAGUUGGAGUUUAACUAUUUAUCAUCAAAGUGACAUGUUUUUAAUUUUGAGCAAGAAAUACCAAGCAAUGAAAAUCUAUUUUCUGAAAGAUGUGCAUCUCUUCAAUACAGCUGACUUCCCCACUUCUUACUGAAGCAACAGUGUUUUAACUUUAAAAGUUAAAAUUUGGGAUGAUUUCAUGUAUAGCAAAGCUGUACUGGUCUCUUAUGUACUGCAUUUUACAGCUCAAAUAUCAAAAUUUUUAGACUAACACCUUAUCAUGAUUAAGGUAUUAAAUAAUUUGCCCAUUAACUUUCAUGUUCUUAAUUUUUUAAAAUUCUUAAUUUAAAUCAAAUUUCAUUUGUAGUAUAUUAAAUAGAAAUCCCUUCAAUGGAUGUCUCUUGUACAUUAUCUGUAUCCAACCAGAGUGUUUGGUUUUUAAUACUGGCUUUUCAGUGGGGGUGGGUGGAAGCAUCACUAUCCCUUGUCAUAAUUCUUGGUACUUCACUAUAUUUGACCUUUGGUUCCAAUGUCAAUAUUAAUCCACUAGAAUUCUUCCAAUCUGCCAUAGUCCUGUUUGUGCAUUUUGGCAUAACUCUCUAAAUACCAAACUAUUAACAAUGCAUCUUCAAUAUUUAAAUAUGUAGAUCAGGUUUCCCAGUGACUGUAUUGUCUUUUUUUUGGCUAACUUUUGUCUUGUCUCUUGUUGCUAGAACUUCAGUAUGCAGAAGAUUGGGUGCUGCCAUUUAAAUGGCAAUUUUAGACUAUCGAAACUAUAACUGGGCACUUGUGUGUUUGGGUAUGAUGGUAUAGUAUGUAGUAUAAUACUGCUUUACAUACGCUAUGCCACACAGUGACAAAAUGUUUAGCAUUUGUAGUACUGAAUAUGUACAUAGCAAAAUGUUG